AGUCCACAACACCACGAGCCUGUUAACGGAGUGCUAAGCGACGAGGCCAUGUCCAAGACAGGAUCGUGCGCCGUCGCUCCCGGUUAUAGUUAAACGCGUCACGCCCGCAGGCGCUGCCCUUCGUUCGGUGCAUCGCUCCGCGGACAUCAGGAACAUACACCGCACGAUUGCGGGCGGUGUCGUUUGUACCGAGUACCUUCCUGAUUCCUGAUUCCGAUGCCCUGUGGUCGACUCUCCCCCACGCGUGCAUAAUUCCAGAUAAUGCCACGGUGAAGACGACUAGACUCGAACGAUGCCCUGUACGCUUUCCUGGCCCGAGGCAGCUCGAGAGCGCGACCUCCAAAGAUACUACCGCCCAUGGCUCGAUGCGCAGAGCCUUGUUGACAGCACCGUAGGCUUAGCAGAGAAGGGCCUCAGCAAUGCCGGAUACCAGCCAAAAGCCUCACGCGACAAGAGCUUGACUGCCUUCGCCCAGCUUGCCGCCUUGCGCCUCGAUGUGCGCCGCUGCAUGGUGUCCCUGAUCGACUCGAACCGCCAGUACAUCCUCGCCGAAGCCACCAAGACGGUCUCGCUGUUCGAUGCGCAGGCAGAGCGCCCGGAAGACGAGGUCUGGCUGGGCAACGCUGUGGUCAACAGAUCCGACGCUGUAUGCUACCACACCUUCUCCUCUACAUACACGGCCAAGGCGGACAAUGGCGACACAGUCACCGCCGAGUGCAUGGUCAUCCCAGAUUGCCGACUGGACCCUCGAUUCGCAGAUAAGGACUACGUGACGAGCGAGCCUGGAGUGCGCUUCUAUGCGGGUGUGCCUAUCGUCACCAAGGCAGGGCACCGCAUUGGUGUGUACGCCGUCUCUGAUGAGCGACCCCGCCAUGGUAUCAGCGCCGCCGACAUGCGCUUCAUGCAGGAUGUAGCCGCAGCCGUUAUGGAGCACCUCGAGCUCGCCAAGGACAGUGACGACCGUGUCAAGGGCGAGCGUAUGGUCCGUGGUCUGCAACAGUUCAUCGAACGAUCUUCCGUCGCCGACUUGCGAGACGAAGCCGGCCCGAGGAUGUCCACCAUGGAGCGCCAGACAGAGAACGCACGCCUCCAGACCCUCGAGGAAGAUGACGCGUCCGGCACCGCAACCCCGUCAACUGCUACCAAGCAUGUCCAACGUAAGGUACAUGCCGAAUCCGACACUGCUCGUAUCUUCCACAGAGCUGCACGUAUAAUGCGUCAGUCUACCAUGGCAGAUGGAGUCGUGUUCUUCGAUACAUCAGCGGCCGGCAUCAAGGGCGGACUAUACGACGAUGACGCCUCGAAUGCAAGCAGCGACGAAGAAAGCCUCACCAACAACACGACUGACUUCGAUACCGCUGACUCAACCGCGACAACGAGGCGACGCAGGAGGCAAAAGGUGACUUUUGGGGGUGACGAUGCAGCAGACCAGAAGAGUUCUUCCGAUGCUGACAGCAAGGCAUGCCCGGUCGUUGGUCUAUCGCUGCGUCAGGGACAAGGCAGUACUGUCAUUGCCCACAAGGACUUUGCUUUCAACGAGGCCGCCAUGGAACGGUACAUCCAUCGCUACCCAUUCGGCAAGUUCUUCAAUUACAAUGAGGAAGGUGUUGGCAUCAACUCGAGCGAUGAGAAGUCAGAACGUUCGGAGACUGACCAGUCAGAUCGUACAGCCACCUCACCAAGCGGACAACCGAGGAGGAGAAAGCGCAGGGAGAGGUUUAUUCCUACCGAGUUUUUGAAAGUAUUGCCUAACGUCCGAACACUCAUUUUCCUGCCCUUAUGGGAUCCCUCGUCCGAGCGCUGGGUCGCUGGAGGCUUCAUCUGGACCACUCAAGCUGGAAGGCUGAUGAGCCCUGAGAACGAGCUUCCCUACCUCCAAGCUUUUGGUAACAGCAUCACAAGCGAAGUGGCACGCCUAAGUGCACAGAAAGCGGACCGAGCCAAGACGACGUUCAUCGCCUCCAUCUCCCACGAGCUUCGAUCGCCCCUCCACGGGAUUCUUGGAUCAGUUGAAUUUCUGCGCGAUACGGUCGCUUCAGCAUACCAGGAGUCGCUGGUGUCUUCGAUCGAAACCUGUGGUAAAACACUGUUGGACACGAUCGACCACGUCCUCGAUCAUGCCAAAAUCAACAAAUUGCGGAACACGGGAGCACGCAAAAACAAGCGUGGCCCUGAAGGUAGAACGAAGAGGCUGCCAUCUGACAACUCGAUCUUAGGUGUCACGGCCGACUUUGACUUGGCGCAGUUGGUCGAAGAGGUGUGUGACACAGUUUGCGCCGGACACACCUUCCGCAAAAACCACAGUAUCAACACAGUAUCGACGGAAAUCGAUACUGAACAUGUCGGCGUGAGUGGAGCGACAGGCGAGGACUCGGCCACGGCCAAUGGCGGCAAGGUUGUAGUCGGCAAAGACAAUCGAUCUGUUAUUGUUUCGCUGGUUGUAGCGCCGUACGUCAGUUGGGCAGUCCGCUCACAGCCUGGCGCUCUUCGAAGGAUCGUAAUGAACCUGCUCGGCAAUGCCCUGAAGUAUACCGAUUCCGGCUUCGUUGCUCUGAAUCUGGUCCAGUCCGGGAAUACACCACAGCACAUCGAUCUGACUUUGACGGUAGAAGACUCUGGUCGCGGUAUGUCUGCAGACUUUCAGAAGACGAAGCUCUUCUCACCUUUCAGCCAAGAAGAUCCAUUUGCCUCCGGUACUGGACUGGGUCUCAGUAUCGUCAAGCAGAUCGUGGAGUCUCUUAAGGGUGAAAUCAACGUCAAGAGCACUGUGGAUAUUGGAACUCAGAUCACCGUCAUACUACAGCUGCCCAUCGGUUCCAAUGAGACCAGGAAGGUCAGCCGCAAUCUCUUGGAGGCACCAGAGUCUCUUAAGGGAGCGUCCGUCAGCAUUCUUUGCGAGUGCGACUCGAUUGGUGGUCAACGCGGUAUGAAGGUCAGGGAAUCUAUGCAUAAUGCUUGUCAAGGCUUCUACAUGAACAUCCUUGACAUCUACGACCCCAACUUGUCGAACAAGCAGGUCGAUUUCCUCCUAACUGAUUCAACCUCUCUGAACCGGCUCUUGCAAGAAUCGAGCUCAAGCUGGGUUAACGAGACACCGUUGACCGUGGUCUGUGUCUGCACAGAUACAGCCGAGAAGACAAAUCUGGAAAAGCGACUUGGCAGGCAAAUUGAAGCGCUGGGUUGGACAGCAGAGGUCCUCACUCAGCCAUGUGGACCCCGCAAACUUGCCCGCACCCUCCUCCAAUGCCAAAAGCGUGCUACCAAGGCGGCCUAUGACCACCAAAUCACCCGUUCCAUGACCGCCCUCGGUCUGCACCAAUACCAAACUCUUGGUCCACCCGGUGCCCUUACUGAAGAACAGCGCAGCAUAAGUGACAGCGUCGCCAUCUCACCACCGCCCGAGGACUCUUCGGUGACCAUCUUCGGCGCUCCCUCACCACCUCCGGUUCUCCCAUUCUCCUCAACGCUCACACCACCCCAAUCCAUCACCCCCGGCUCCCCUGGCCCAAUUGAAGGAAGCGAGUACUUCAAUCCCCGCGUGCUUCUCGUCGAUGACAACGCCAUCAACCUCAAACUCCUCGUCGUUUUCGCAAAGCGCCAGAAACUGCGCUACUGUGAGGCCAUGAAUGGGCUCGAGGCUUUUGAAACUUUCAAAUCCGAAGCCACUGCUUCUACACCUGCUACGCGGCCGUUCGACUUCAUCUUGAUGGACAUCAGCAUGCCGAUCAUGGACGGCUUGGCGAGUACGAGGAGUAUCCGUAAGUUCGAGAAAGAGAAUGGACUGCCUAGGAGCCAUAUCGUUGCCCUCACGGGACUGGCGAGUGCACAGGAUCAGCAGGACGCACAGGAUGCGGGCGUGGAUAUGUAUCUCGUCAAGCCUGUCAAGUUUGCGGAUAUCAAGAGGAUCUUCGGUGGAAGGUGAAGAUCGUGAGGAAUGAAAAGGGUGGAGUUGUGGCUUGGAUGGUGGGGUUCGAUCUUGGUACGGCAGGGCGGAGGAAUGAGUCUUGCGUUGGCCAUUAUCUCAUCGGCGUUUCUGCAUGUUACAGCAUACGUAUUGGAGUUGGCGUUUAUUUUCUGCAUUACAGGCGGUCAUGGGGAUCAAAGGGCUGCAGAUCUAGAAGUACUUGCUAGAGCGCAGUUCGACACUAUCAGCAUGCAAAUGCUAGCCUCAGCCACUUCAUAGCGGUUUGUUCGAUGCUUCAUUAUUCAUACAUGCCGGCCUCAUGACCCAAUCAAGCUGUGCAUACCUC